AAUAAAGGAAUGGAAGAGGAGAAUAAUUUGCACGAUAUUAUCGAGAAUGGGCAUUUAAUUUUGGCUGAAAUUUAUCGACUUUCGAAUUCUAUUCCAAUUGAUUUUGUGGAACCAACUCAAAGCAAAUUUGUUUCGUUACUCAUUGAUUUCAGUUAUUUUGAUGAUUUAUCGAUAUUCGAUCGUUUGAAUAAUUCCGAUGAACAUGCUCAAUUGGAAGACGAAUUCUUCUUCACAUUUGAUCGAAUUAUAACACAGUUUGGGUCUCUUUUUGAUGCAUUAGGGCAAUUUUUUGCCAGAAUCAUCGAGCUUUCGGAAGAUAAUGUCUUCAAUGAAACUUCUAUUUCAAUGCGAUUAUCCAAAUCGACCCAUCAUUAUUACCGUUUACAGGCGGAAUCCCUUUAUAUUGCUGGUGUAAUUCUCUUGUGUUUAGUGACGAAAAUUACUAGUGGUGCGAGGCAAAGAUUAUUUAUUGCGCAUUAUAGGAGCAAUCCAUCAAACAGUGAUCAUUCUGAUUUACUCGUUGAUAUCCUUAAAACAGAACCAACUGAUUUUGAUGGGAAGCUUCCCGUGAAGCAAUGCUUUGCAGAAACAAUGGUUUCAUUACUUCGUAAUGAUACUUUAUUUAUCAGUGAGAAUUUCAGCAAAAAUGAUUAUUUCACCAAUGAUAGUUUCUUCAUCAGUCGUAUCUCACGAAUUCAACGCUCUGUUCUUACUAUAUGUCUGUUUUUCGCACCAACUAUAUUGCAUUCAAAUUCCUCAGUUAUGAGGCAGAUUGUUGAUGCAUAUUUUGCUGACGAUUGGGUUGUUCCCCUUCAUCUUGGAAUGAUUUUGAAUAUAGUUAAUGCAUGGGAACAAUUCAAAGCUGCAAAUUCAGCAUUGCAACAGAUUAUUACUAUACAGUCAGUGAAACAAAUUGCGAGUGAGCAUCUGUUGAAACUGAAAGAAAUUGAAUUUUCUUCCGCUGCGAAAAUUUCUGUGACAAAUUCAGUUUAUAAUGCGAAUACUAUUGCUAUUGCAAACAAACAUUUACGAUGGAUAAUUCUACAUUCAUGUAUAUUUACUAUCCAAUGUUCCUUUACAAUGUUUUCAUCACUGCCUCCAUUUGUAAAGAAAAACUCUCGAAACGUGCUACUUCUCUUCGCAAUGCCGUUUGCAGUCAAUUGGGAUUAUCUAUGGAUGAUAUUUUCCAAAUUGUCUAGUUUUGAACAUUCUUUCAAGGAGGCUUAUCGAAAUUCUAUAAGCAACAAAAAAUCUUCUAUUAAUACUUUGAAAACAGAGAUUUGUCAGCAUAUCUCUCAAAUAGCUUCAUUUUUUGCCACUGAUAUCCCGUUACAAAAAAUGAAAAAAAACACAAAACUUAGUGAAUGGUUUCUACUAGUCGAGAAGAAAAUAGAAGAAUUAAAUAUGGAAGAACCAGAAACAUUAUCGAUUAUUGCUCACGUAAAAAAACGAAUUGAACAAGUCAGUGAAUUCCACGAUUUAAUUUCAAAUGUGGCUAUUAAUCAGCAUUUACAACGAAUUUCAACGUUACUGAACGAUGUAUCCCAUUUUUGCACACUUUCUGAACAAUUUUUGUCAGAUGUCGACGUUGCUUCGGAUUUUUCUUAUGCGUGGACCAUAAUUGAGCAAUGGCGCUUGGAAAUGGAACGAAUGAUCGAAAAAGAUCCUUUGCCAAUUCGGUCUCUUUUUAUAAAAAUCGCUUCAUCAAUCGCGAUCGCUAUAAAUUCGGUUGUAACACCAGCUCGAAUAUCUGCUAUAUCACUGUGCUAUUCGCGCCAAUUAGAACAGUUAUUGAGGAAAAUUCUGCAGGCAGUUCCACGAUCAUUGUUUAUUCUGUUAUAUCAGAUAACAAAUUUACUGGAUCCACCUAUUACUUCAGCAAUUAACAAAAAUGAAAUGCGUCAAUUCGCUGAUCCUGAUCGACGUUAUAAACUUGCUGAAAUUACUUAUGCAGUUUCUACCCUUUCAUUAGGUAUUUCAACAAUGCAGUUAACUUGUCUUGGUUCUAUUCGUAUCGACCCGUCUGCUCUUUUUUUGGAUGGAAUUCGUAGUGAACUGGUUUUCGAAAUUACAAAUGCUUUCCAUGCUGAAUUGUCUUCGUCUCAAGAUUUGAACACAAUUUUAAUAAAUCUUAAUCAACGAAUCGAACGUCUUCGCAAAGCUUUUAUAUAUAUUUGUGAGCAUAUCGGUUUAAAUGGAUCAUUAAUUUGGCAUAAUGAAACUACUCGCAUUAUUGGUUACAUGAUUGAGAAAGAAUCCAAUGCGUUUCUCCGACAUGUUUCAUCUCUUUUUCUAUCGUCUGUUGGCUAUAACUUUGGUUGUUUAGAAUCAGAAGUUGGUAAUGCUCCAGAUUAUCGUGUGAAGAGCAGUUAUCAAUCGAUUUCAGUACCAAUACCAUGUACAUCUCCAAUUCUUGGAUCGGCAACUCCAAUUCACCGAAUGUUUUCACUUUUUUUGGCUGCUUCCGACCCAAGGUCAGUUAAAGAAUUGUCUUCGCUGUUGUUUCAUGAUUUUCUUUAUAGCGGUCCACGGUGCAAAUUUUUUUUUUGCUUUAGGAUGACUUUUUACGUGAAUUCAACGCGAAUGUGGUAUGAUGUGAAAACAAAAAAACUUACUUUUUCAAAUGAAUUUUUCUCUGAAUUUCAGGCAAAGGCAUUGUCACCGAUGGCACUGUGGGCGACGAAUCAUUUAGCUUGUUUUUCGCUUGUGAAGCAUUUAAAUGAAUUAUGCAGUAUGUGUGCGAAAAUUGUUGUGCCCACGUUAUCAGAUAUUUUUCGAGAGCUGAAAAUUACAGAAGUAGCUCCAUCAUCAUCAAAAAUAUUCGACAAUGUUCUUAUUAAAUUUACACCUCACUCUACACAAUUCGGCACAACUAUUAGCAAAGUUUGCCUUAUUUCCAAUUUUCCUAACUGGCUUAACAUUGUUUGGCUGGUCCAGCUGGCUGUUAAGAUAAGGCCAUUAUGCCAAAAAAAUCACUUUGGAUUAGAAAUAGCUGGAUAUAAUUACUACUGGAUUUCUUUUUCAGUGACAAAUAUACUUUACUAUACUAUUGGACAGUUACAGUUGUUACGGUUGGGUAUCAAUGAGGUAAUAAAAAAGUCAAUUAUACAACGUGUUCCCCAUAUGUACAGUGCGUUAUCUACUUUUAAUAAGAGUGUUAUUGCCGAUCUUCAAAUGGAUAACGAAUUGUUGAAAGCUGACGUGUUGAAGGAAUUAGCUGAGUUAUUGCAACGUUUUUCGAUUGUCGAUCCACUGAAAGAAUUUUUCAUCCGUCGAGAAGCACCAAAAUUUAUCAAUGAAAUCCUCUUUGCUUCUUUUCUAUUCUUCGUGUCAAAAUUAAAUGCACCUAAACGAGCUGAUUUCAUUGAUAUAUCAGCGUUCACUGUUGGUAUUUCAUGUGUCUUAACUCAAUUUCAAAUAUUUGAUGAAUUCUUUGCAAUUUGCAACGAUUUCCUUUUGUCAAUUGUAUUAAAUAACAGCAACCGAGGAAACAAAAUAGCACCGUUUAUACAAUCAUUAACGAUGAUAGGCCGAUAUUGUUCUUUCAAUGAAAAGGCAACUCCAGAUUUUGUCCUUAAGCUUUUUUAA